UGUCCGCCGCUAGGGGGGAGUAGCGCGUCUCCCCUCCCCUUGGUCUCCCAGCGCGGUGUCGCUCCUCUCGCCCGAGCCGCUCUCCUCGGCGCCGGCUGCCGCAGUUGUCAGGGUAAUGGCGUCGGACCCGUCCGGGCGAGUGCGGCUGAGAGACAUAUUUGGCCAAGUCGAUUGAUGCUGUGUUGAUAUCCGUGACGCUGUCUUCUGGAGCGGGGGGGGAAGAACAAAACAAAACAAAACAACGGUACCCGCGGGAGUAGCAGCGUAAAAGCAGAAAUGACUUUUGACCGUCCGGGAAAGACGUGUGUUAUUUUCCCCGGGAAGAGUGAUUUGUGUUUUGGUUACUGAGAUCGCGACGUCGAGAAGACGUCGGUCCGCUUUAAAACAGCCCAGCAGAGUCGAUAGGUCUCUCUCUGCAGACCUAUUUAUAUAUUUAUCGACUUGGCGGACACGGCAGACACGGAGCCCGGAGCUCCAGGGCGCUUCCUGGGGGAAGGUUAUCCGGUGUAUCUGCGGACCCCCGAGCUGCUGGCGAUGAAGGACGAGCAGCAGGUCGGCCUGGGCCGGCUGGGGCCCAGCCUGCCGGUUCCGCGGGACCGGAUCCACCUGCAGAAGAGCAGCGUCUGCUCCCGCUCCUACUUCGUGGUGGUCAUGGUCUUCUUCCACGUCUACAUCAUCAACGUCAUUGCCCUGCUGCUGUACGUGCACUACAACAGCGGCCCCGGGGAGCCCCCGGACCCCGCCGCCGGCAGGGCCCCCGAGCCCGACCCGCUGCCCCCUGUCUCGCACGCGGGGCCCGGGGGGCCCCUGUAUCUGCCCCGCAUCGAGGGCAUCAGGGUAGGACAUGUCCAGAAGGUGGCGCUGGUGCCCGACAAAGUCCAUGAGAUGAAGACGCUGAGCCUCAAGCCCCUGUUGUUCGAGGUCCCGGGCUUCCUGACGGAGGAGGAGUGCCAGGUGAUCGUGCAGCUGGCGAGGCUGAAGGGGCUGACGGAGAGCCAGGUGAUGGCGCCCGAGGGUGGGGAGGAGCUGGCCGAGGAGCUGGAGCUCAGCCCGGAGGAGAUCUUCAACCUGCUGGACCUGAACCAGGACGGGCAGCUGCAGCUGCAGGAGGUCCUGACCCACUCGCGAGUCCGGGAUGGGAUCUGGCUGACCCCGGACAGCCUGCGGGAGAUCUACGCUGGGCUGAAGGCUGACCCGGAUGGCAACGGGCUGCUCAGUCUGGAGGAGUUUAAGCGGCUCAGCAGCAACGCGUUCCAGCGUUUCCUGCGCCAGCGCGGGGUGCAGAGGAGCCAGCUGGUCCGCAACAGCAAGCACACCUGGCUGUACCAGGGGGAGGGGGCGCACCGCGUGCUGAGAGCCCUGCGAGAGAGGGUCACCCGGCUGACGCGUCUGCCCCCCGUCCUGGUGGAGCUCAGCGAGCCCCUGCAGGUGGUGCGCUACGAGAGAGGCGGGCACUACCACGCCCACCACGACAGCGGGCCGGUCUACCCCGAGACUGUCUGCCACCACACCAAGCUGGCCGCCAACGCCUCCACACCCUUCGAGACCUCCUGCCGGUACAUCACAGUGCUGUUCUACCUGAACACAGUGGAUGGAGGGGGAGAGACGGCCUUUCCUGUGGCUGACAACAGGACAUACGAGGAGCUGUCUCUGAUCCAGAACGACAUCGACCUGCUGGACACCCGCAAGAACUGUGACAAGGGGAACCUGCGUGUGAGGCCCACUCAGGGAACCGCCAUCUUCUGGUACAACUACCUCUCCGACGGCAAAGGCUGGGUGGGCGAGCUGGACGAGUACUCUCUCCAUGGGGGUUGCGUGGUCACCCAGGGCACCAAGUGGGUCGCCAACAACUGGAUCAACAUCGACCCCGACUACCGGCGCCAGGCCCGCUUCCAGCAGAUGGUGUCGCAGCAGGAGGGCGAGAGGCACGCUCCCAACCGGGACCGGAACCACAACCCCGACCCGGACCCGCACAGCGGCAUGCACAGCGACUUAUAGCCCCUGCCUUCUCCUCCACCUCACUUCCUGUAGUGCCCUCUGUUUGUUCAAGGGCCAGCUGGCAGGCUGGCUUGGGGCGAUGGUCAGCUCAUCCGUCCGGUAGCUGGAGAUACCACUGACCCCUCCUGCCUUCUCCAUUCUCAUACACAGGCCACACAGUCUCAUUAAUUGCCAUGCUGUUCAGGCUGCCUCAGCAGCACCCCAGAACUGGAUCAAGCUGAUGGUCCCACAGCUCCUGAACACAGAGCCCAAGGAAGAUUCACUCCCACCAUUCCUGCAGGGAUCUGAAGUGGAGACGACAAACCCGCAGACAAUCAGGAAGUCACCCAUUAGAGUAUCGGUACUACAACACGAGGGUCAUUGAAGUGGAGGAAUGAAUCAGGAAUCAGUGGUGAGCUUACAGGGGUGUAAGAAGUCAACCCCCCCCCCCCCCCCGCCUGCAGAAAGUGGAGCAGUCCACAUUUCUUUAACAAACCGAGCCACCAGCGUGCGGGCGAUUUGAACAGCCCCAGCCCAGAGCUGUCCAGUGCUGGACCGGUACUUCGUGCAGCUGGCCUGGCGUAUGUCCAUCACAUUUCUGAUUUAAGGCAGUCUUAACAGUGACGGUGUCCAGUAUUAAUGUCCAGCUCUGUGUUCACCUCAGCUCGGUUGUCCGGGACCAGUCUGAAGAGACUGUCUGACUGAGUGUUAAAUCUUGGAAGAAAUACCUGCGAAUGCUGACACGGUCCAGGAUUGCUGACCAACACUGCCUCAUUCCACUGUGUCUCUGCAGUGGCCGUAUUAUGUCAGGUUCAGAACACUUUACUAACUUUACUCUCCAGCUGGGCACAAACCCAGCCAACACCGUCACCCGGCAUCAGAACUCUCCAGAACCUCCUGUCCUCUCUAGCCCUGACCUGUAGCAGCUGCCUCUCGGAGUCAGAGGCACAAGACUCACCAAAGGCAGGUUCCUGCCUCCAGACAGAUUCAACUCUCCGGACCUGUCCACAAACUCUGAAACAUCCUCCACCUCUCUUCAUCUCCCUUGUCCUGAUCUGGACAACAGUGUCUGUCUACCUCUCUGUUGUCUUAACACCGGGCUCGCCUGCCAGUCUCUCUCACCUCCUCUCAUUUCUGGCUCCUCUCCAAGAGGUGUUUAAAGUCUAGUGGGGAUGGUACCACAGAUGUGUUUUAAAAUUCAUUCAAAGACCAUUCACUCCCUAGACCAGAGAGAGAAUCGUCAAACCCACACCCCCUUUUCUGUACCUCUGCUGCUUACAGCUGUAAAGAGCCCUUUACAAACAAGGCAAGAAGAGGAGAGGCCUCAGCUCACCUCUGCCUUGUCUGUGUCAGUCUGAUUUAACCCUGAGCCUAGUGCCCCUGCCUUCUCAUCCCCUCUUCUCCAUAGAGCGCCCCCUGCAGGGAGAGGAAGAGGCGGCAGGGCAGGAAGAUGGAGCUUUAGGUUUAUGCAACUGUAUGUAAGUGCUCACGCGUGUUGUGUGUGUGUGUGUGUGUGUGUUUUGUUAUUUCCACUCGUUCCAAAUGGGAAUCUGAGCAGGUUUGCGAAGUUCCCCUGUUUGUUUGGACACACAACCUUCCAGGAGUGUCAUGACAGAUGCUCUCCAAGCAUAAAAGGAAGGGAGAGCGAGACCUCCCUUUGAAGGUGAUGCACAGUUUACAAUUUUUUUACCCCGUCAAAGGGAUUUCUCGUCACCCCAUGAUGGCCAGUUUCUGUGUAAUUGCACUAUUCUUUACAGGGGAUGACAUGUAUGUGUAUAUAUAUUUAAGAUGCAUGGGUACUAAACUGAGUCAACAAUUGCAAUGUCUUUAAAACUUCACUGCAAGAUGUCAUAGGACCUCUAAGGGAAGUGGCUAUGCUUUCUCCAGCACACCUCCCUCCCUCAGGCCUCGGAAGCACUCAAGUGGAAAAAUAUGCUUCACCUUCUGUGCAUCUUUUCAUUUUUGCUUGUCUUUCUCCUUCUCUGACAGUAUGCGUCUCUCGCUUGCUCCAUCCCUCUGUGUCUGUAUCCUGCUGAUGUCUCUCCUUCACCUGUAUGUGACUCUGUGUCGCUCUGUCACUCCUCAUCUCUCUCUGUCUCUCUCCCCCUUCUCAGUGUCUGUGUGUGACUGUAUCUCCCUCAUCUCUGUCAGUCAUUCUCACCUGCUAUAGCUAAAAGACACUCUCAAACUGUGACACGUUAGCACAGCACUGUUUUUUUUAUUGAUAUUUAUUUAUUAACGGAUAUGCUUAAUUUAAGUAUUCACAGCCAUUCUGUUACAAAUGUUAUUAUUAUUAUUAUUAUUAUUAUUAUUAUUAUUGAGAAUCUUAUUUAUUUU